GAAGAUGCAGAAGUAGUUUAGAAUCUCUGGUUUCGAUUUAUCGAGAACUAUAUAUCACCAGCGGCCAUAUUAAUUGCCAUUGCGUUAUUAAGAAACUUUGUUGUGAUCAAAAAGUCUGAAUUUGUACAAUUUUCUUUUUCAUCGAGGAGGAUAAACAUCUUAUAAAAUACAAACAUGUCAAAUGAUGUGAACACCCAAGUUGAUAAGCCCAAUGAGGAAGAAAAUAUCGAUAAAGCAGAGGAAGAAGAAGGCACUUCAUCUAUUGAUCUGCAUGCGCAAGAAAGUGGACUUGUAUAUGGAGGUUGUGAAGGACCAAAUGCAAUGUAUGUAAAACUUGUCAGCAGUGAUGGACAUGAAUUUAUUGUUAAACGUGAACAUGCUUUAACUAGUGGAACAAUAAAAGCUAUGCUAAGUGGCCCUGGACAAUUCGCAGAAAAUGAAGCUAAUGAAGUAAACUUUCGAGAAAUUCCAUCUCAUGUAUUGCAAAAAGUUUGCAUGUAUUUUACUUACAAAGUACGCUAUACAAAUAGUAGCACAGAAAUACCAGAAUUCCCUAUUGCACCUGAAAUUGCAUUAGAAUUAUUGAUGGCUGGAAAUUUUCUAGAUUGUUAAAUGUCACAAAUAAUGUCAAUAACAAGCAAUUCAGCUCUGAGGCAUAACAAAAUUGUUGAUUAUAAUUUCGAUUUUAAAAAAAAAUUCAAUAUUGUAACACAUUUUUA